GCCUGGCUCGCUGGCCUCUCCGCGGGGACCCGGCGGCGCCGCAGUCCCGGCCGGUCCGCAAGACAUGGCCCAGCACCGCCAGGAGGCAAUGCCGGGGCCCGAGGCUGCGGUGCAGAUCCGUGUCGCCAUCCAGGAGGCCGACGACGUGCAGGAGCUGGAGGACGAGCAGGAGGGGGCGGAGGCUCGGGGUGCGGGGGACACGGCUCGCUAUCUCAGCCCCGGCUGGGGCAGCGCCAGCGAGGAGGAGCCCAGCCGCGGGCACAGUGGUGCCACGAGUGGGGGUGAAAAUGAGCGUGAGGACCUGGAGCAGGAGUGGAAGCCUCCAGAUGAAGAGUUAAUCAAGAAACUGGUGGAUCAGAUAGAAUUCUACUUUUCUGAUGAAAACCUGGAGAAGGACGCCUUCCUGCUGAAGCACGUGCGGAGGAACAAGCUGGGAUAUGUGAGCGUCAAGCUGCUCACGUCCUUCAAAAAGGUGAAGCACCUUACACGGGACUGGAGGACCACCGCGCAUGCCUUGAAGUACUCAGUCAUCCUGGAGUUGAAUGAGGACCACCGGAAGGUGAGGAGGACCACCCCUAUCCCACUCUUCCCCAAUGAGAACCUCCCCAGCAAGAUGCUCCUAGUCUAUGAUCUCUACCUGUCCCCCAAGCUGUGGGCCCUGGCCACCCCCCAGAAGAAUGGAAGAGUACAGGAGAAGGUGAUGGAACAUCUGCUCAAGCUCUUUGGGACCUUUGGUGUCAUCUCAUCAGUACGGAUCCUUAAGCCAGGGAGAGAGCUGCCACCUGACAUCCGGAGGAUCAGCAGCAGGUACAGCCAGGUGGGCACCCAGGAGUGUGCCAUUGUGGAAUUCGAAGAGGUGGAGGCAGCCAUCAAAGCCCAUGAGUUCAUGAUCAUGGAAUCUCAGGGCAGGGAGAACAUGAAAGCAAUCCUGAUUGGGAUGAAGCCACCCAAAAAGAAGCCCCCCAAAGACAAGAACCAAGAUGAGGAGCCUGCCUCGAGCAUCCACCUGAACAAAUCUCCAAACAAGAGGGUUGAAGAGCUUCAAUAUAUGGGUGACGAGUCUUCUGCCAAUAGCUCUUCUGACCCUGAGAGCAACCCCACGUCCCCUCUGGCUGGCCGGCGGCAUGUAGUCACCAACAAGCUCAGUCCUUCUGGCCACCAGAGUCUCUUUCUGAGCCCCAAUGCCUCCCCCUGCUCUAGUCCAUGGAGCAGCCCCCUGGCUCAGCGAAAAGGUGUUUCCAGAAAAUCUCCGCUGGCUGAGGAAGGUAAGCUAAACUGUAGCACCAGCCCUGAAAUCUUCCGCAAGUGCACGGAUUAUUCCUCUGAUAGCAGCGUCACUCCUUCGGGCAGCCCCUGGAUUCGGAGGCGCCGCCAGGCUGAGAUGGGGACCCAGGAGAAGAGUCCCGGAGCAAGUCCUCUACUCUCUAGGAAGAUGCAGACUGCAGAUGGGUUACCAGUGGGGGUGCUGAGGCUGCCCAGAGGUCCUGAUAACACCAGGGGAUUCCACGGCGGACAUGAAAGGAUCAGGGCCUAUGUAUAAAUUCCUUAUAUUUUUACUACUAGCUCCAUUGAAAACCACCUUUGUGUUCAGGAUUCUGACAAACACCUGGCAUGACACAGCGUGAAAUUGAGUCCCCUUUGAAAGAUUUUGUAUACAUGUAGACCUCUUAAUUUAUAUAUUUGUAAUGUAUAUGAAAUGUCUGGUCCACUAUGGUUUAAGACCACCUUGUAGUUCUGAACACCUUUCCUACCAGCAUGACUGUUCCUGUGAUGACACUUGGUGUGGUGUGGAUGAAUGUCAUGGCUCUGCAGGACUGGGGGACAGCAGACCUCAUUUUCGGGGCAGGGUUCUUCCCUGCAAUGACUGAACUGUCCUCAGUUGCCCAUGCCAGGGUUUACUGAGCGCCCAGAGAGUUCCGUGAUGUAAUGGCGACUACUAUACUAGCAGCAUGGUGUCUGGUAGGACCAAAUAUAUGUUUCCUGUCAAGUGAAUAAAUAAUAAAACUCUCGACUGGGA